UGUGUCAGAACUUGUAAUUUUCAGUUUAACCAUGAUGAACCUGGUGCCGCCGCAAUGGCGCGACCCGAUGCAGUGGGGCUUCAUGUGCGCCGCGUCGUUCGUGCGGGCCAUCAGCUGCUUCAUGCGUUACGCGGGCGCCUUCUGCGUGGCUAUUGGCAUGUCGUUGAUCUUCCUGAUUGGCGGGUUGUUCAUGCACGCCAUCAUCCCCAUUAUGGCAGACACAACAUUGCAGUUGGUAUGUCAUUUAGCCAUUGCCAUGGUACUCCUCUUCAACAUCUACUUUAACUACGCACUGUGCUGCGCAACAGACCCGGGGGUCAUUACGGCCAAGUGGAAGGCAGAGGCAGACUUUCACGAUGCUGGAGUAGACAACAACGAAGAGGACGAGGACGAGGAAGGCGAUCUGGAGCAAGAUAGCGAUGACAACGAACUGGAGACGGGUCGGCUCCCACGAAUUCGACCCAGUGCGGUCACUCCUGACGGGAAGAAUGGAGGCGAUCGAGUCCAGUUGCUACGCGUGCAGCUUAUCGACCCGCAGAGCGUUGCAAGACAACGCGGUGUUGAGGACGGCAUGUCGUAUUGCCGAAGGUGUCGACACUUUCGACCGCAACGUGCACAUCACUGUUCGGUGUGCAAUAGAUGCAUCGCGCACUUGGAUCACCACUGUCCGUGGGUGAACAACUGCAUUGGACGCGACAAUUAUCGGUACUUCUUUUCAUUCCUGGUGUGGCUAGCGGUGGGGUGCUACUACGCAGCCUACAUGAGCUAUAGGGCAGCCUACACCGAUCUCAGUCGCGAACAAUACGCUAGAGUGAGUUGGAGGGGUUGGCACUCCUGCAGUGAUCAGAACUUAACGUUACGCCUUGAUUUUGCGUGCAGAUGCUCGUGCUUGCCCAAGUGAGGUCGCUCAACAUCUCGGCGUCCAACACUCUGCAGUUCGUGUUUGCGAUCUCUGCGUCCGCAGGUCUGGCUGUCUCAAUCCUUGCAAGUUGGCACACUUUCCUCAUCGCCACAGCACAGACGUCGGUGGAGCUGCAGAUCAAUCGCCAUCCGCGCAAUCGGCGUCUUCAUGGCGGAAAAGUGGUUAGUCCCUACUCAACCGGUAGCAUCCACGGCAAUUGGGAGCUUGUGUUCGGCAGAUGCAAGUACAAAAUACUCUCUCUCAUGCCGAGUACACGAUUGCUGCCGAAUCCUCGAACACUCAGCAAGAAAAAGAGAACUACCGCCAGUGAAGACGCAUCCGUCAAUGCUGGUGCACCUGAUGCCAUGGUAUAAGCAACAACACGCGAUUGAAGAUACAGGUUGCCAGUUAUCUAAUCUAUGGCUGGGAGGUGCGAGUGAACGUGUAGAUGCAGUACACGUCGCUCAUCUCGUUGAAGUGCAAAGCGAACAGUUCAGCCGCGGCGUCAUUACCCACCAGCGGGUUCCUCUUGUAAUCCUCAGGAACUUCCUCCACCUCACACGUGAAGCCUCGGACCUCCAUCGCUUCUUUGAACUCCACCAGCGAGUGUCGCGCCUGGGACGCAACGUGUACAAAUCGUCCUUCAGCAGCCAGCAUACCGUCCACCACAUUCACAAGCACCGGCACAAUUUCCUGGUGGUACACGAGAUCCGAGCCGAAGAGCACGUCGAACUUGUCGUCGUCACAGCUAGUCGGCCAGGUCUCACGCUGGGCCCAGUCAAUAGCCUCGACCUGGAUAACCCCGUCCUCACUGGCCUUGCUCUGCUUUAGCGCUUCGGCCUGCUCACGUUGGGCACGGAUAGCCUUGCAAUCAGCUUUGUGUUUCUUCCAGGCCUUCUUCUGACACUCACGCGAGCAGUAAGCCACAGAUCUACAGCCACCGCACGUCAUGAGCUUGCCCUCCGGGUUGUCUGGAGUAAAGCGCUGGACGGCACCACAUCGACCGCAACAGUCCAGAACGGGAGCUUCCUGCUUCUGUUCUUCAACUCCAGUCUUCUUGUCGGUCUUGUUGAGCUCCACAUUGUGCUCCAGAUUCUGAAUGGUGUGUGCGAACAGAUCGGACAGCACAACACGCGCAGCAUUCGUGUACUUGUGCACCGCCAGACCACUGACACCGCAGCCCGAUCCAAGUUCGCAGACCUGUUUGCCGUCGAAAAUAUCGCGGUGGUCAAUGACCCAGCGACUCAAAAUAAGCGCCGCCGACCAGAUCGACACGCCCGUGAUGUCUUCCUCUGCAGUGGAUCCGAACGCGUCCUUGCUCCAUUCCAGUGCCAGUUCUCUAGCACGCAAUGUCGGCAGGCCCGGGGCGAAGUUGAACUCCAAUACAGUCUCCUGUAAGACCUUGGGCGAGCUGCUGUCGGCCUCGUCUCCUUCCUCCUCGAUUUCUUCCUUGAUCGCGUCCUUGCCCAUACCCGUGCCUUCAGCCAGACGCUCUUCUGUCGCCGAGCUGUGCUCUAAUAACAUCGCCACUAAAGGAUAAACACACCGUGUAAGCUUCCAUAACUACAGUAUUAAUCCACAAAACCGCUUACAGAU